AUGACGAGCACAGGGAUUGGGUUAAUAGCUUUAUUAACUAUACAAGUAAAAUGCAUUAUUUGUGUUGCCUGGGCUGUAAUCAACCAUUUUAAUACCUGGCUGGCAACUAUACUCAGCAUACUGUAUUUGCUGAAGAUAGGCAAUUUCUUGAACCUUAUUUUUCUUGGCCUGAAGGGAAAAAUUAAGAGUGUCAUUGUAGUUGUUCUUUUGGGGAGUUUGAUGCUUUUGUUUCCUAAUCUUGUGAUGGGAACCAUAUGUGGGAAAGUCCAAGUGGAUGGUCACAGAGGCAACUUGACUGGGAAGCUCAAACUGGCUUAUAUCGUAAACCAUACACUUUUGAUGACAUUAACUCUGAACAAUGUCAUUCCCUUUACCACAUCUAUGAUCUGCCUUCUGAGUCUUCUGCUGUUAAUCUAUUCUCUGUGUAAACACCUUCAGACAAUAAAGCUUUACAGUAAAGGAUCCCAAGAUCCAAGCACUAUGGCCCACAUUAAGGCUUUGCAAGCUGUGAUCUCCUUUCUGUUGUUAUUUUCCAUGUUCAUUCUGUCUCUAAUCAUAUCAGGUUACAGUUAUAUGACGUCUCUGGAUGAGCCAGUCCACCUGAUUUACCAGGUUAUUGGCACCCUGUAUCCUUCAAGCCAUUCCUGCAUACUGAUACAGGGAAACAACAAGAUCAAACAGGCCUUUGUGUUGGUGAUGGUGCAGGUGCGAACAAGGCUCUGGCUGAAAGAACCAAAACCUUGA